AUGAUAAGAAUGAAGAUAACGGAUGCUAAUACGAACAACUACCGUUAUGAAGUACCUGUUCCAAUAACAUGGAGGGCUACAACUAGUCAAUCACAACAGCAAAAUCUUCGUUUUGAACUAACUGAAACUCAGUACAACCAAACUGGUUUACGUGUGAGACGACAGAUGGGUACUACUAUCGGUGACAAUGAUCCAAUUUUAUUUGAUACAACUUAUUUUGCCGAAGGAUUCAUCUGUGAUAAUCAAUUUCUACAGAUAAUUACAACAUUGCCAUCGAAGAAUGUUUAUGGUUUUGGUGAGAAUACGCAUCCAUCAUUUCGCCAUAAUUUGACCGAUGGUAUUCGUUACGGAAUUUUUGCACGUGAUCAACCACUACAGGGUCAAAAUGAAAAUCUUUACGGUACACAUCCAUUUUAUAUGUGUAUUGAAGACGAUGGGUCUAUUAACCUAUCGUACAAUGGUGGUAUCCUGGAUCUCUUCUUUUUUGCUGGACCAACACCGGAAGAAGUAAUACAGCAGUAUCAGAUGGUUAUUGGAAAACCUUACAUGCCGCCGUAUUGGGGUUUGGGAUUUCAGCUCUGUCGUUGGGGUUAUAAUUCCUUGGCUAAUAUGAUAGCUGCAUGGAAUCGGACAAUUUCAAACGGAAUUCCACAGGAUGUACAAUGGGGCGAUAUCGAUACUUUUGACAAUCAAACAGAUUUCACGACCGAUCCGAAUAUGUUAGGAUAUGUAUGGCCGCCAGGUAAAGUUGUAUUUCCUGACUUCCUUUAUCCUCCUACAAAAUCAUGGUGGCUAAAUCAGAUUGUAACAUGGCACAAUACACGAAACUUCGAUGCACUUUGGAUCGAUAUGAAUGAACCCGCAAACUUCGAUACAAACAUGCUUCAACCGUGGAAUUGGCCCUACAGUACUCCAUGGAACUUACAUCGCCCAACUGAUGAACAAUGGGAUGCACCAUCAUAUCAUCCUGCAAUCUGGAGUUCUGUGAUGUCAGAUAAAACCAUCUGUAUGUUGGCACUACAGACGAAUGGUAAUAUGACAUAUCGUCACUACGAUGUCCACAAUCUCUUUGGCUGGUCGGAAACCAUAGCUACACUGCCAGCAGUACGUGCUUCGGUUCCAGGGCGACGUUCAUUCGUCAUAAGUCGUUCAACAUUUCCAUCCUCAGGUGUGUACGCAGGUCAUUGGACUGGCGAUAAUUCAGCGCUUUGGCCGUUUGUCAAGUAUAAUAUUAUUGGCUUGUUAGAAUUCAACUUAUUUGGAAUUCCCUAUAUUGGUGCUGAUAUCUGCGGUUUUAAUCUGAAUACAACAGAGGAGUUAUGUCAACGAUGGAUGCAGUUAGGUGCCUUCAAACCGUUCUUUCGUAAUCACAAUGCCAUUAACUUAACUGAUCAAGAUCCUGGUGUUUUCUCGCCUCCAGUCGUUGCCAGUAAUCGCAAAGCUGUAAUCUUACGUUAUACAUUGAUACCGUAUCUGUACACUUUGUUCUACAAUGUCCAUGUCGACGGUGGAACAGUUGUUCGUUCAAUGGCACAUGAGUAUCCUCAAGAUUCAAAUUGUUGGGAUUUGGAUGAACAAUUUCUUUGGGGUUCAUCUUUGUUGAUUGCACCGGUGAUUUAUAAAAAUCAAAUUACGAAGAAUUCGUAUUUACCACCAUCUCCAGUACGAUGGUAUGAUUACUAUACGGGACAGGAACAGACAAAACUGGAAAAUGUUACGGUUGAUGCACCACUCGAUUAUAUUCCACUGUUUAUCAAAGGCGGCUCAAUACUUCCAACCCAACAAUAUGCUCUGAAUACAAAUCUCUCGCGUCAAAAUCUAAUGUCGUUGAUCAUAGCAUUAGAUCAGAACCAAACAGCUCGUGGAAGUCUGUUCUGGGAUGACGGUGACUCAGUUGAUACAUAUGAAAACAAAAUUACAAUUUAUUUAAAUUCAAUUAUACGUGUAACAAUACAAUUACAAUCACACCAGCAGCCUACUAUUAUCCAACAUCAUUGGUACUGA